AUGGCGUUGUCGAAGCUGUGUACAACGUUGUUACUCUUCUCUAUUCUUUUGAUCCACCAAGCUGAAUCUGAUUAUAUGGUGAUUCAGUUGAACACAGCUGAGGAACCAGCUCCUCCGCCUCCGCAUAUAGAUUGUGAUGGAGCUUGCGAUGCUCGGUGCCAGCUGUCGUCGCGGCCGCACCUGUGCAAGAGGGCAUGCGGGACUUGCUGCGCUCGCUGCGACUGCGUGCCGCCUGGAACUUCCGGCAACUACGACGCCUGCCCUUGCUAUGCCAACAUGACUACCCACGGAGGCAGGCACAAAUGCCCCUAG